CGCGUGACCCUGUGGCGGAGGAGCAGCCACCCCCUCGCCUCCGUCAGCUGUGUUGCGGGCGUGAGGGAGGAAGGUGCUUCUGGCUCGCGGUCCUUACGUAAGGGGCAUUAUACAACGGGGGAUCAGGCUCUCCCAAUACACGUCUUCACAGAGAGUUUCAGAAUGGAGGAGAGCACAGAGAGAUUAGUAGACGCUGCGUCGGCCGCGGCUGAGGAGAUGGCGGAAGAGCCGUUGGUGGGAAUGCUGGAUUUGGUGUUGCUUUCCCUUCUUGCGGGCGUGUCGGUAUACUAUUUCUUCCUCCGCGACACGAACAAAAAAGAUGAAGUCCCAGCAUUGAAGAGCUUUACGAUAUCACCAACCUCAUUACCGAUGCGCACAAAUGACAGCAACUUCGUGGGUAAGAUGAAGUCAUCGGGAAGGAACGUUAUUGUCUUUUAUGGAUCGCAGACGGGAACCGCAGAAGAGUUUGCUGGACGUCUUGCUAAAGAAGCCACAAGAUGGGGAAUGAAAGGUAUGGUGGCAGACCCCGAAGAGUGUGACAUGUCGGAGCUCGCCCAGCUGACGGAGAUCGAAAACCACCUGGCAGUUUUCUGCGUGGCGACGUAUGGCGAAGGAGACCCCACAGACAACGCGCAAGAAUUUUACGAGUUCCUGCAGAAUGGCGACGACCAGCUUGAUGGCUUACAGUAUACAGUAUUUGGCUUGGGUAACAAAACUUAUGAACAUUACAAUGCCAUGGGAAAAUACGUAGACAAGCGACUAGAAGAAUUGGGGGCAACGCGCGUCUUUCUCUCUCUCUUUCUCUUUCUCUUUCUCUUUUCUCCUUCCAGAUUAACAGAUAUUAUACACUUCAAAUAACCUUAUCUUUUACAGGUCUGCCAAUCCUUUGGUUUUGAGGCACAGGCACAGGAUAUCAACAUGAGACAGUACAAACUAAAGAUUCACAAAGACUAUGAACCUUCUCAGCUGUACACGGGAGAGUUAGCUCGACUCAACUCACUGAAGAUUGGCAGCCAGAAACCACCUUUCGACUCCAAAAAUCCUUUCAUGGCAGAAAUCAUUGUUAACAGGGAACUUUUCAAUGGUGGAGAUCGGAACUGCAUGCAUAUUGAACUGGAUGUUGAAGGUUCAAGAAUAAGAUAUGACUCAGGUGACCAUGUAGCAGUUUACCCAGUGAAUGACACGGCUCUUGUAAAUCGCCUUCUUGAGCUAACUAAGGAAGAUCCAGAUGUAGUUUUCUCUUUAGCAAAUGUAGAUGAAGACAGCAGCAAGAAACAUCCGUUCCCUUGCCCAUGUACAUACCGCACAGCUCUCUCACACUAUGUAGAUAUCACAGCGCUGCCCAGAACCCACGUACUCAAGGAACUGGCUGAGUACACGUCAGAUCCUGCAGAAAAAGAGAAGCUUAAGCUCAUGAGCAGUACAUGUGACGAGGGCAAGGCAGAGUAUCAGAAGUGGAUUGUAAAUGACGUCCGCAGUAUCAUCCACAUCCUGGAGGACUUGCCGUCUUGCAAACCACCCCUGGAUCACAUCUGCGAGUUGCUGCCAAGACUCCAGGCCAGAUACUACUCUAUAUCAUCUUCUGGAAAGCUCCACCCGACCAAAAUCCAUGUAACGGCAAAUGUGCUGAAGUAUGAAACCCCUACUGGUAGAACCAACAAGGGAGUUUGCACAAAUUAUCUGUACAAGCUGAAGCCAGAGAAUGACACCAAGUACCACGUGCCAAUCUUCGUAAGAAAGUCACAGUUCAGGUUGCCAAGUAAGCCGCAGACACCUGUUAUCAUGAUAGGACCUGGCACAGGUAUCGCACCAUUCCGUGGCUUCAUUCAAGAGAGGAGUUGGCAGCGUCAAGAAGGGAAGCCUGUUGGUGAAACUGUAUUAUACUUUGGAUGUCGGAACAAGGCGAUUGAUUACUUGUACGAGAAUGAAUUGAAUGAAGCCAAGGAUUCAGGCCUUCUGAAGCUCUAUUUAGCCUUUAGCCGAGAUCAGGAUCAGAAGAUAUACGUAACACACCUCCUUGAACAAAACAAGGCUGAGGUUUGGCGUAUUAUUGGACAAGAAAAUGGUCAUCUCUAUGUUUGUGGCGAUGCCAAGAAAAUGGCCAGAGACGUCCAUACUGCAAUCAUCCAGAUUUGCCAGACUGAGGGCGGCAUGACACCAGGGGAGGCCGAGCUCUACGUGAAGAAAAUGAUCAACCAGAGACGCUAUUCGUCGGAUGUAUGGAGUUAGAAGUCGUCUGAGAUUGUCCGAUAUAUUUUUUUUUUCCUUUCCCCGCCCAUUAUGUUUGGAUAUAGUAUUUUAUCAGAUGAAACAAAGCAUGCCGGUAGAAAGUUACUGAUUGGAAGGCACAUGGAAUUGGAAUGGUCUGUACUUUUUCAUUUGGGCCAUGUACAAGUCAUUGCAUCAGGCUACCAGAAUGUGUAUAUAUCUAUUUUUUUGUUGAAUACUUAGAAUUUUCAUCGUGAUUAUAUAAUUGAAGAAUAUGUUUUAAUGAAAUAUAGAUUACAAGUAUUGAAGCCAUUAUGAAGAACAUUUGGAUAAAACGUUUGAAAUCCUGAAA